UUACAGCACAUUCGCCGUUGGGGGGAGAGCUGCUUUCGUCUGUUCGUUUGUUUAUAGAGGAAAGGUCUCGUUGUAGAAGGGGAUUAUUUGGACUUCUUGUUUUUAUUAUUUCCCUUUCGUCUGGAUGUGGAAUCAUAUUUUAUCCACUACUUGAAGCGAGCGAAAUGGCCUUUGGAAAUUUACAAUGCGAUUUUGAGGGGCGAGUAGGAUUCUCGCUUAUUGUGCUUCUCCUUGUUUAUGUCGUGCACGGACAAGUACGAUAUUCCAUCCCAGAGGAGAUGGCGAAAGGCUCUGUUAUUGGUAACAUCGCAGAAGAUUUAGGACUCGAUAUUAAAAGGCUAAAGAGCGGUCGAGCACGCAUCAUCGCUGGAGACAGCAGUCGGUACGUGCAGCUGAACACAGACAAAGGAACAUUGGUGGUGAAUGAGGCCAUAGACCGCGAGCUUCUGUGCAAACAGACAUCUCCAUGUAGUUUCAGCUUUGAGGUUAUACUCGAAAACCCGAUUCAUAAUGCUACGGUUAAAAUUCUUAUUCAAGAUCAGAACGACAACGCACCUCAGAUUCUCUACCCAGUACAGACUGGUGUCUCUAUGGUGGCUGAAAUGGUGCCUCGUUCAGCAGAUGUUGGCUAUCUUGUCACUAAAGUGGUCGCUGUUGAUGUGGACUCGGGACAGAAUGCCUGGCUCUCAUAUAAACUGCUGAAAGCGACAGACAGGGCGCUGUUUGAAGUGGGCUUACAGAAUGGAGAAAUAAGAACUUUACGCCAAGUCACUGAUAAAGAUACAGUGAAACAAAGACUUACUGUUGUAGUGGAAGACAACGGGCAGCCCUCUCGUUCAGCUACAGUCAAUGUUAACGUGGCGGUGGCGGACAGCUUUCCGGAAGUGCUCUCUGAAUUCACUGAAUUUACGCACGACAAGGAUUACAAUGACAACCUGACUUUUUAUUUAGUCUUGGCCUUGGCUGCAGUUUCCUUCCUCUUCAUUUCAUGUUUAGUAGUUAUAAUAUCAGUAAAGGUUUACAGAUGGAGACAAUCUCGGAUCUUCUAUCAGUCCAAUCUCCCAGUGAUCCCGUAUUAUCCACCCUGUUACGCAGACGUAGGAGGUACAGGAACUCUGCAGCAUAUGUACAAUUACGAGGUGUGCAUGACAACUGACUCACGGAAGAGUGAUAUAAAACAUCUGCAACCCCUCAGUCAAAGUCUUGGUAGCGUUAACGUCAGCAGUACAGAGACAAUGCCGCAUACCCAGAAGGUGAAGAAUGUGAUCGAAAGAUCCGAUUCGCCAGAAGAGAGACUCAGCAGCUCGCCUUCUGCGCAGAGUCUAGAUUAA